ACUUCAGUCUUAUACGGAAAUCUAAGUUUGCCGCGGCCGCCGCAGCAUCAACAAACAAACAAACAUCAUGCGACGCGCCGCCGCCCCAACAACACUACGACUGUCGUCAAAUGAAAAAGAGUACAAAAUUCUGGUCGCUGGUAUCGCGCUGUUACUGACCCUUCUAGCCUUGAUUACCUCCUUUCCCGUCAUCUACAUCUUCAGCGACGCCGUAUACGCCAAACAGUGCGACUGCGAGGAUCUUCUCCACCUUCCCAAGGCCAAAUAUGUCAUUCUCCUCGGCCUCGCCGUCACCGUCUUCUCCCUAAACGUAGUAUCUUUCGCCGGCACCACCCGCUACGCCAUCCCGCGGGUCCUCGUCGCCACCGUGCCUGCGAUCGUCGUGCUCGUUCUUGGGCUGGGCCUUCUCGGAGCUCACCAGCAGGAGGCCGCCAAGAUUCCGGGGUCGCCGGCAUGGCUCAGAUCCAAGAUGGGUGACGGCGGUGCCUGGCCCGCCAUCAGGACUUGCCUUUAUGAGGCCCGAACUUGCGAGGAUUUAAUGGCCCGAACACUCAAUCUUAAAUCCGAUGGUGGAAUUCAUGGCGAGGAGCUAUCGUCAACUGAGGCAGCAUGUUGCAGACCGCCGCCGCCAUGCGAAAUGGAAUUCGUGAACACCACAUAUUGGAGGCGGCCCUUGAAAGAGACCGAUGAUAAUACAGGCGGGGACUGCAACUUGUGGGAUAACAAAGAAAGCAUUUUGUGCUUCAAUUGCGACACGUGUAAACAAGGGUACGAGAAGAGCCUCAAGGGGAAAUGGCGGGAGAUCGGCUCUUUCCUUACCGUAAGCUCUGUGGUAAUCAUCAUCGUUAAUCUCUUAAUAAUCAUGGGAGUUGCAGUGGAUGAGCGCUGCCCUAGCUAGAGCACGUACGGUGUAACAACUAAAUUAAAGAUUUUGUUCAUUUUGGAUAUUUUUCCUGCAUUUUAUUGAGCACUAGGUUAUUGAUAGUUUAACUAGAAGUAAAAAUUAUUAAACAAAAAUUGAGCUACUUGUCCAAGUAAUCGAUUUUGUUGGAUUGGAUUAUCUUCCCUUUUCAAUUCAUUAUAAAUCUUUUAUUGUAUGAAUGAAA